GCAUAACUUAUCUUCUCAGUUCUCAUGUUCAGGAAACGAACACAUAUACCAAAUACGUGGCUGAGGAGCUUUCUCUGAGUUCUGUCUCAUAAAACUGUGUGCUUUUCUGGUUUCAUUCAAAGCUGUGCUAAUGGAAACAUAGCAAAUGAUCUUCCCAACCAACCCACAUGGCAUCACUUUGUCUAAACUCAUUACCAGUACCACCAUCUUCUCAUCCUCGCAAGCCAACAGAAACUUCUCUUUCUUCUUUUUCUUCUUCUUCCUCUUUCAUUCUUGAUAACAACAACAAUCAUAGCACCCUGAAAUCCAUUGUUGUCAGUGGAGACCCCCCAACUUUUGUUUCGGCUCCUGGUCGCAGAAUUCUUGCUGUUGGAGAUCUACAUGGAGAUCUUAAGCAAGCUAGGUCUGCACUUGAAAUGGCAGGUGUAUUGAGCUCUGAUGGUCAAGACUUAUGGACUGGUGGAGAAACUGUGUUGGUUCAACUUGGAGAUAUACUAGACCGAGGUGAAGAUGAAAUUGCCAUCUUGUCCUUGCUGCGGUCAUUGGAUAAACAGGCGAAAGCAAAAGGUGGAGCUGUGUUUCAGGUAAAUGGAAAUCAUGAGACCAUGAAUGUGGAAGGGGAUUUCAGAUAUGUUGAUUCUGGGGGAUUUGAUGAGUGUAAUGAUUUCUUAGAAUAUGUCAACGGUUCUGAAGAUGACUGGGAAGAAACUUUUACUGCUUGGGUUGAUGUCUCUGAAAGGUGGAAAGAAGAUCGAACAAUGUCAAAAAGUUAUUGGGGACCUUGGAAUUUAUUGAAGAGGCAAAAGGGAGUCAUUGCCAGAUCAAUACUCUUUAGACCCGGUGGGCUUCUUGCACGUGAGCUUGCAAGGCAUUCUGUUGUACUUAAGGUCAAUGACUGGGUCUUCUGUCAUGGUGGACUUCUUCCUCACCAUGUUGCAUAUGGCAUAGAAAGGAUGAAUAAAGAAGUGUCUGAGUGGAUGAGAAGUCAGCAUGAGAAUGACAAUACUCUCAAAAUGCCUUUCAUUGCCACUAGGGGUUAUGAUAGCGUUGUUUGGAAUCGUUUAUACUCAAGAGACAAUCCAGAUUUUGUGGAGUAUCAGGCUAAACAGGUAUGUUCUGUUCUUGAGGAGACACUACAAGCAAUUGGUGCCAAGGCAAUGGUGGUCGGGCAUACUCCUCAAACUAUAGGUGUAAAUUGUAAAUACAAUUGUAGCAUAUGGCGCGUAGAUGUUGGAAUGUCCAGUGGAGUUCUUAAUUCGAGACCAGAGGUUCUAGAAAUUAUAGACAAUGAAGCAAGAGUCAUAAGGUGCAGAAGGGACAGACACGGUGAACUUCAUGCUCCUGCAUAUACUUAAAGAAGACAAACAAAUUAUUUAACAGGAAGCAGGAGCAUCCAGCUAUUGAGGUCCAACAUUGGCAAAUUUAUGCUAUUGACCUAUUCAAGUCACUAUUAGUUGUUUGCUUCACACAGAACUAGAGAAAACAGGAAACAGUACCAAUUUUGACAACCAAAAAAAUCCUAUGAGAAAUUCCAAGCCAGACAUUCAUGUUUUCAGUUAGAUGUAGUCUCUGUUAAUGGCUUGAAUGCUUGAGGCAAGCAAGGUGAGAAUAGGGUGUACAACAAGGGGAAAGAAGGAAAAAUAAAAAAGGAGAGUAAAUAAUCCAAAUAUUGUACUUAUGAAUCCGUCCCUGUCUAAAUUGCUCAAUUGUUUGGGCUGAUCAACCCCAUGUGACUGCAUCUAAUUUCCUCUGUCACUCUAACUAAUGAUACUUGUUCUAUUUCAAACUCUUGACAUGACUCACCUCUUUACAGCAUUUUGUGAAUUAAUGAGUAUAUUUUGUGUA